UAGAUUUCCCACCCCUGGGUUUAGAAUUGCCACCCCAUUUAAAAGUGGGGAAAAACCAAUAUUGCCCCUCCGUGUUUUAGUCCGAAUGUAUAACAUUCGGACUCCUCCGAAUUUUCAAAUGUCGGACUCAGUUAAUAAUAGAACAAAACUAUCAAUUCAGAUUCACAUUUGUAACGGGACAGAACAUCAACUCUCGGACUGGUUCAGGAGAAGCGACCCAGAGGCACCCAAAUCGACCCACACAUCACGACCAAAAGCAACCAAGAAUCAUCUGUGAUUCAAAACCGACCACACUGAGAUUAUGGCGAGGACAAAGCAAACUAAGAGGGUAUCGUCUGAAGAGUUGGCCGAUCGUCGUGCCUAUCUCCACGCUUCUCAUAGGCGAGGUGAUCAUGAUACAGAUGUGUCGACUUCUCGGAAGCGGGCUAGGAAGGGGGCUCCGAAGGCGACCACUGAGGUUCCUGCCCCUGCUACUGAGGUUCCUGCUACUCAGGUUCCUGAUACUGAGGUUCCUGCCCCUGCUACUGAGGUUCCUGCUACUCAGGUUCCUGCUACUGAGGUUCCUGCUCUCUCGACGCCUGAGGUUACUGCUACUGAGGUUUCUCCUCAGUCGACGCCUGAGGUUACCGCCCACGAUACUGUUGAGCCUUCCACCUCUUCACUUGAUAUUGAUGCAGUUGAGGAGUCGGAGUCGGAGUCGGGGUCGGAGUCGGGGUCUGAGUCUGAGAUUGAGGGUGAGGAUGUAGAGGUAGAGGAUCCGAAUAUGCCGCCGCUCCAGAGAGAUCCACCGUUUCCUGGUGGGCCGGUUGAGUUGUCACUUCUGCAGCAUUACCCGGAUCACAUAGCGCCGUGGACGUGGCAUACCCUACUAGGCACCACUGACCCUCGUUAUUCUGAGCGAGGUGAUUUGAGGCUUGCCACUGCUGGUACGAAGCUCGGGCUGAUGACGUGUGAGGGGGACAAUUACAGGGAGGUCCGCUUGAUUGUGGAGAGGAACGGACUGUAUCCACUGGUCAGGUGCAGCUAUGUAGAGACGGAUCCAGGGCUUAUAUCGGCCCUUGUGGAGAGGUGGCACGAGGAGACUAGUAGUUUCCACAUGCCAUUUGGGGAGAUGACUGUCACCCUUGACGACGUCUCCGCUCUUCUUCACAUCCCGGUUGGUGGGAGAUUCUACACUCCAGGAGUGGCCUCGAGAUAUGAUGUGGCAGAGACCUGCGCUUUGCUGUUAGGGGGGGAUGCAGAUUUGUACAUGGCUGAGUUUGAUAAGCUUAGGGGUCCGACUAUGAGGUUCAGCUUCUUGCGAGACCUUUACCCGAAAGCUGUUGCAGAGGGGCGGUACGAGCAUGCAGCCAGGAUGUACCUGAUGCAUCUUGUUGGCGCGACAUUGUUCGCCGACAAGAGUGGGGGGCACUCAUUCUCCGCCCGUUGGAUAGGCAUGCUACAGGAUCUUGAGCGGGUGUCGGAGUUCGCGUGGGGCGCCAUGGCCCUUGCCACGUUGUACGACCAGCUUGGACAGUCUUCUCGCAGCGGGGUCAAACAGAUGGGCGGUUACACUUCCCUGUUGAUGGCCUGGGUCUUUGAGCACUUUCCAGACAGGCUCGUUCGCCGGUAUGCGAACCCGGCUUACACAGAGGACCAGCCCAGAGCUCGUAGGUGGACAGAGUCACGGUCGGGGCAUGCUAGGCUUGACGAGAGGCGAGUACUACUUGAUGAGUUGACGACCGACGACGUCACUUGGACUCCAUAUGAGGCCCACAGGGAAUGGCGACAGCGGGAUGAGAGGGCUUUGUUCUCAGGCUACAUUCGGUGUCCCUAUCCCCCUGCUGUGCGACCUCAUCUUCCGGAGCGGGUCAUGCGACAGUUUGGGUAUAUACAGACGAUCCCGCGCCACCCUAGUGAGAUGGAUAGAUCUCCCGCAGCUGAGGCUGUUGAUGCGGCAUUCGCAGGUUAUGUGCAGUACUCAUUCCCUGAGGGCGACCCUGCUAUAGAGGAGGGACAGGCUGUGGGCGGUUACAUGGAUUGGUACGCUAGACGGCUAUGA